UAAAUUUUAAAGAGAAGGUGGUGACAAUUUAUAAAUCAAGAAAAUAUGUUCCAUAUAUUGUUGGUUUCUAUGCCUAUUGGGCUGAUGAUACACACCAAUUCCUGGCAUUCUUUAAGACCAUGAUAGAAGAUUUUCAACAGGAUGCUCUAGCUAUUCGAUUUGGUUUGGUUGAUCUUGUUGAAGACAGGACAGUUGUCCAGAGAUAUAUUAAUUCUCGUCAUGCUGAGAAGGUUCCAUUUAUUAUUUUAUUUCAAGAAGAUAAAGGUGAAGUAAAUCAAACAUUAUUACCUACCAAUAGACCUACUAGUUAUUCUAUAUACCACACCUGUAGAUAUAUGGGUUAUAAUAUAGUACAUACUACAGGUGAUGUGUUUGUAUAUGAACCCUAUGGUAGAAGUGAAUCUUAUCAGGUCUGUCCACAGAUUGAAGAUCCUACCAGUGGUUAUAGAUGUUCAACAGUUUAUCAUAAUAUGACUGACUACACAGUUAUAUAUAAACACAGUCAUAAUAUUGCAUCUAAUAAAACAAAAAAUAAAAAAUAUCCAACUAUACAUGGUAUGAAGAAAUUAACACAAUUCAACUGGAAUGAUGUGUUGAAGAAAUCAUUAUGGGCAUCAAAUUUGCAAUUUGCUUUGAAUUCUGCUGAAAUUAGCUCUGUUUAUAUGGUAAUAUUUAUAAUAAGUGAUUGUUCGAGCUGUACCAGACAUUUACCUACUUUUCAGUCUUUAUAUAAACAAGUUAAUACAAUAGCUGGAUCAUCUUUCUAUAUAGUAAAUUGUACAACAGAUAAAACAAUAUGUAAUCAUCAUAAUAUUACUGGUUACCCUACUAUCACAGCAUUCCGUAAAAUACUAGACCAAUCAACCAGUCACUGUUUUACACAUAAACAACAUACUACAGAUGUUAGACUUGAUUAUCAUGGACCAAUACAGAUCAAGUCUGUUAUGGAAUGGUAUUCUAGUAUUUCAAUGGAAAUUGUUAAAGAUAUGAAAUUCAAACCACUGCAAAAAAUGAAAGAAGAUGUGCGUCUGGUAGCAGUAAUUGUACCAAGAAACUCUAGUUAUCUGCCCAUAGCACCAACUAGAAGUAAUAAGAAGUAUUAUUAUGGUAUAGAAUGUUAUCGUGCUAUAUGUAAUCAGUUGAUUAGUGUAGUAUCAUGUUAUAGUAUAUAUAGUAUAGAUAUACCCAAUACACAAUAUCAACACAAUAACAACAACAACAACAACAAUAACAAUUAUAUAGUAACACAGAUAAGAUUAGAGAGAAGAGAUGGUAUUAAAGCUGAUAUUAUGAGAUUAGGUGAAUCUGUAUAUACUACAAUUCAAGAUGAAACUAGUCAGCUCCAUAAAUUACAUAAACCACACAGGUACAACUUACGACAGAACCAGAAAUGUGAAGAGAAUCAUGGGAUGUGUAGUGAGUUUAUUACCUCCUAUGUUAGAGACCAUAUCCGUCUGCCUGUAACACAUCUUACAUCAGUUUUAUUUCACACUAAUAAUAAUCCAUAUAAAGAUAAUGAUCUGCCUAUUGUUAUUGCAUUAGUUGAACCUAAGCAUCUAGAAGUUAAUUCUACUUUCUUAAAAAUAUUAGAAGAUAUAGGAUAUGAGUUGUAUAAUAUUUUGUAUUUAUAA